UCCGGACCCAAACCGCGUUUACGUCCAUUAAUAUUCCAAUAAUCCAGUUAGGAGGGAAAAUAUUCUCAUGGACUUUUCAAAAGAAGACAUAAGAUAGAUCAGAUUUGUCUCAUUCCACCGAAAACAAAACAAAUUUAAAACCAGAAAUUUUCUCCUGCUAACUAAACUUCUAAAGACAUUUAAAGCAGGCAGAAGAACCUGGAGCGUCUGUUGGGUCAUUGGUUCUGGUUCUGGUUCUGGUUUCAGAUCCAAAGCGAUUCAACGGCCCGUUGUUAUAGAUUAACUGGUGGCUAAAUGAUCUGUUUCUAAAUUGUAGGUGGCUGUGUUGAUGCCUGUUGAAAAAUGCUACGUGUGUUACAAAACCGUUUGCUAAACUUUACUAUAAAUCCCAUUUGAAGCAAAUAUGUUUAAUGUUAAAUGUGAAAAUUAUGUUUCAAAACGAGUUUCUACAGAGCAGCGUUCAGUUCGCCUCGAAAACAUCACAUUGGAGCAAAACCAGUUCAGUGAGUAACACGACAAUCCCAUUCACAUUCAGGUUCACCGGAAUAAAUUAAUUUCAUCUCAUGAACAGCCUCAAUAUAAACCUAAGUGGAAAGUUUCUGCUUUUUGUAACCAGCACUGAUCAGAAAACUAAAUUUUAUUAACACUUCUAGCCUGGUGAGUGUUUCUGGCUCAGGUCCUGUAAAACAAGCGCACUGGUUCUAAACGUUUUGCUUUGUUUUAGCGACUCUACACACAGGAAGUGUCGCUAAACAAUGAGGUUGGUUUCAUCAUAUUUAAUAAAGUUUAAAUCACAUACCUGAUGGUGUUGCUUGUGGUGUUUAUGUGUCCAAAGAGACAGAAAUAUCAAGUAAUGUCGAUACUUUAUACUGCAAUAAAAUCUCAUCUAAAUGAUAUAAAGUUAACAGCCAAUGUUGUAGCUGGUGGUGAUAUCCAAAUGGACAAACUAAAAUUAUAAUAAUAAACAUUCCUACAUUCUACUGUCAGACACCAACAGAUUAUGAUCCAUAUCUACAGUAUUAGUCUGUGUUCUGUACUGGGAACCAGUUUGCAGGCUGGUGACCAGGGGAAACAAAACGAGCCUCAUUGAAAUUAACUAGUGACAGUCAAACGGGGUCCUCAACGCAGAUGUUUGUAAAUAUUAGGUGGCUGUGUCGUUUCCUGAUCAAAACGCAACAAACGUAAAUAAAUGGAUUAGAAAAUAUCUCUUUCUCUAUGAUCUCUUCAAACCAAUAAUAAUUAUUUGCAUGUGAAGGAAUAUUUAAGAAUACAUUGAAAUAUCACCAAAAUAUACCACACAAGUGAAUAUAAUUUUUUUAGACAAUAAAAUAAACUGGUCCAAAAUGUGAAUUAGACGAAAGCGUUAACUGAACUCGUACCCGCGGCACGUUUUAUCCACUAAACUAUAUCGGCCGACAGAAGUCCAAUAAUCACCUGUUAUUGAUCCUGAUCUAUCAGACACUCUGCGCUUUAAGAGGCAAACCUGGAUUAACUGGUGACACUUUCAGAAUCUCAGUUUGAAUUAAGAUUUUAACCGUUUCUCAUGUAAAAGUAUACAAGACAAUUUUUUUUUCAGCGUUGUCUCUUAUGGUUGAUGAAAAGAACAAAGAUAUUUAGUUAAAUUAUGAGAAAAAAUAUCAACAAUAUAGAAGAAAUGACACUGCCACAUAGAUCUGCCAUGUCUUCUGUAAAUAAACUAGGAAAUAAACUAUAACAUGUUACAAAAACAGUGUUUAAAAAGAUUUUGCUAUAGUUUCUGUGGAUAUCUAAUUGAAAUAUCAUACAAUAUGAGGGAGAUGUGGAAAAACAACAGCUGACCUUUUUAAACAUUUUAUUUUUAAUCCCACGGCUCUUCAGCAUUUAUGUGGCUUUCAGGGAUUAAUCUUUCUUUCAGAUCUGUUUAUGGCAUAUCGAGAUCUAUUUUGAUCUUCCUUUGACGAGUUUCAUCCUGUGAAGCAACACAGAAAUCAGGACAAGUUCUGUGUAAUUUACCUGUUUUUGUGAUUUUGCAGAUUAAUGUAAAAAAAAAAAGGCAACAUACCAUGUUAGACCAAGUCUUUAUAAUUUGUUAUUCCCGAGAUCUUACGGAAUAGGAUAGUAUUUUUGCAAAGAUUUGUAGUUCUUUAAGCUUAUCGCAUUGUUUACUUCCUGGUUCGGUAAAGGGGUCCUAAAAAGCCACGCCCACACAAACAUCUGUCUCUCCCACCAGUUAAUCUAUAACACCGUUCUCACUUCGAAACGAACCACAUCUGGUUUCAUCUCCAAACACCUGAAACAAAAACCGAAGUUAGAAGAUUUUAUCUUGAAAUGAUAUUUCUAUAAAGUUCUUAAGUUUCACAUUUUGUUCAAUAACCUCGUUAGAUAUUGUAUUUAUGUUUGUGUUUUUUUCUCCACUCUAUUUUAUGUUUGUUGUUUGAAUUAAAUCCAUUCGGAAAAAAAUAGGAUGUGAGGAAAUACAACUGCUGUGCUCCUUCAAAAUAAAAGCAUGGAUAUAAAAGUCCAACUUGAAGAAUUACUAAAACUUUAUUCAACUGAAAAUUAGCACUUUAGGAUUUAUCCAGAAAAUUCAAUUUAGGGGAAGACCCGAUCCAGAACCCGAUCCGGACUCUGAUCCUGCUGGACCCGGCGGUAGCCUGAAACCACGUCGCUAACAGAUGGCUAAUGGUGAGCUGGAGCGUCUCAGCGGCCUGGUGGGCCGUCCCUCAGAGUCCCAUCCGCUCCAUAACAGCGGGCUGCUGAGUUUGGACCCGGUUCAGGACAAAACUCCUCUCUACUCUCAGCUGCUGCAGGCCUACAAGUGGUCCAACAAGCUGCAGUACCACGCCGGGUUGGCCUCCAGUCUGCUGAACCAGCAGUCGCUGAAGCGAUCGGCCAAUCAGAUGGGAGCCUCAGCCAAGAGACGGCCCAAAGUCCAGCCCAGUACGCUGGUGCUGCCGCCCCAGUAUGUGGAUGAUGUCAUUUCCCGGGUCGGUAGGAUGUUUCCGGAUAUGACCAUCGAGCUUUUCAGACCCAACGGGACGUCAGCUGUGCUGCUGGUGACCCUUGGGAAGGUGCUGAAGGCGAUCGUUGUGAUGCGUUCUCUGUUCAUCGACAGAACCGUCGUCAGAGGUUUUAAUGAGAACGUCUACAGCGAGGACGGAAAGCUGGACAUUUGGACAAAGUCUCAGUACCUGGUUUUCCAGAAAGUAACUGACCAUGCUACAACAGCCCUGCUGCACUACCAGCUGCCCCAGAUGCCCGACGUGGUCGUCCGCUCCUUCAUGGCGAGUCGCUUUUCGUCUCUGUCUCACCUGUGUCUGUCCCACUUGUCUCUGUCUCACCUGUCUCACCUGUCUGUCCACAGACGUGGCUCCGCAGCUACAUCAAGCUGUUCCAGUCUUCGUGUCAGCGCUGUGGCCGGUUCCUGCAGGACGGUCUGCCUCCAACGUGGAGGGACUUUAGGACCCUGGAGGCGUUCCAUGACACCUGCCGUCUGUAAACAGUCGAUGUUUACUUCCUGUUUGUAAAUAAAGUUUGGAGUUUUUUUCA